UAUUGUUUAUUGUGGAAAUUUUUUACUGUCUAAUAUUUAUACCCCUCCUACUCUUCCAUAUCCCAAUACAAUUAGCAGCCAUGGAGAAAUCUUCAAUUCUUCGUUUCACCUUCAUCUUUGCUAUAAUCUUUUUCCUUUUUGCUUGUUCAUUUUACCCUUCAAGCAAAUCAGAAUUCCUUGGUUCUUCACCUUGCUUCCCAUGGUGCACCUCCAAGAACCGGAUUUACUCCAACUUCGACUCAAUUUUAGAGAACCCUGUUCACAAUGGCACUCACCACCAUCACAGUACUCCUCUCCACCCACUAGAUCCACUUUCAGUAAAGGAAAUCAAUAAGGUCCGAACCAUCCUGUCAUCCUAUGCACACUUUGCCUCUUCCUUCCCAACCAUUCACUCUUUAGUCCUUGAUGAACCUAAUAAGACUCAAGUCUUGGCCUGGAACAAAGGCGACCCCCUUCCUCCAAGAAGAGCUUUCGGAAUUGUGUUACUAAACGGACAAUCUCAUAUGCUCACAGUAGACUUAAAUUUGGGUCAAGUCAUUAACCACGCAAUCAAUUCGGGCUCCGGUUACCCAGCACUGACCAUGGAUGACAUUUCAUCGGCAUUGAAAGUAACACUAGCCGACGCUGAGUUCAAUAAAUCAAUCAUAUCAAGAGGUAUUAAAUUAUCUGAUGUGAUUUGCUUACCGCCAUCAGCGGGCUGGUAUGGGCCAAAUGAAGAAAACAGGAGAGUUAUAAAGGUUCAAUGCUUUUCAAGCGAAGGUACACCCAACUUUUACAUGAGACCCAUUGAAGGGCUGACUGUAACAGUGGACCUCGACCAGAAAAAGAUUGUGAAAUUUUCCAACACAGGAAGAGGUAUCCCAAUUCCAAAAAGUAGUAAUACAGAUUAUAGAUACACGGCCCAAGUGAAGCCACCAGAACUGAAGCCACUAAAUCCAAUAUCCAUGGAGCAGCCUAAAGGGCCUAGUUUUAUAGUAGAAGAUGGGCACGUGGUGAAAUGGUCGAACUGGGUAUUCCACCUGAAAGCUGACCAACGAGCGGGGAUGGUGAUUUCACGAGCCACGGUUCAAGACUCAGAGAGUGGUGAGCUAAGAAGUGUGAUGUACAAGGGGUUUUCUUCGGAAUUAUUUGUGCCUUACAUGGACCCUGAUGAGCAUUGGUACUUUAAGACAUAUUUGGAUGGUGGUGAAUAUGGUUUAGGGGCAACUUCAUUAUCACUUGUGCCAUUAAAUGAUUGUCCUAGAUACUCUUACUACAUGGAUGGGGUCUUUGUGACAUCCGAUGGUAAGCCAUUUGUUCAGUCUAAUAUUAUUUGCCUGUUCGAGCGUUAUUCUGGCGACAUCAGUUGGCGGCAUUCUGAGAUCCCAAUAAAUGGUUUCCAGAUAAAGGAAGCCAGACCAAAGUUGACGCUUGUGGCGCGGAUGACAGCAUCAGUCGGAAACUACGACUACAUAUUUGAUUGGGAAUUUCAAACCGACGGUUUGAUUCGCAUCAAGGUGGGACUCUCGGGGAUGUUGAUGGUGAAAGGGACUCCACAUGAAAAUAUAAAUCAGGGUUUUGACGAAGAUGACAUAUCGGGUCCCUUAGUUUCUGAAAAUGCUAUCGGUGUUGUCCAUGAUCACUUUAUUACCUUCCACUUGGACAUGGACAUUGAUGGGGUUAAUAAUUCGUUUGUUGAGGUUAAUCUUGUGAAAAAAAAGACUUCGAAAGGUGAAUCGCCAAGGAAGAGUUACUUAAAAGUUAAGCGGCGCAUAGCUAAAACAGAAAAGGAUGCUCAAAUUAAGCUCAAGCUCUAUGAUCCAUCAGAAUUUCAUGUAAUUAAUCCUUCAAGUCGCUCUAGGUUGGGAAACCCGGCAGGGUAUAAAGUUGUCCCAGGAGCAAACGCCGCCAGUUUGCUUGCUCAUGAUGAUCCUCCACAGCUACGAGGUGCUUUCACUAACAAUCAGAUAUGGACGACCCCGUAUAAUCGAACUGAACAAUGGGCUGGUGGACUUUUCGUGUACCAGAGCAAAGGAGAUGACACACUUGCAGUUUGGUCCGAAAGGAGGAGGAAUUUUUCUGUUAUUGCCUUGUCCAAUCUAUCAAACUUUGCUUCAAAAUGCAAUGCUACUCUCUCAAAUAUCUCAUCAGCCAGUCGUGGAGGCAUCGAACUAGACCCAGGCUCCAUUCUUAUCCUCUUUUCAGUGUCCAAAGGGUCUUCACUUGAUGAUUCAGUUGUAUCCUCAUCUCUUAAUUGA